AAAGGAUAUAUGAUACUUUUUAUCCCUUAAAUAGUAUGUUCCCGCGCCAUAAACAAAUUUUGGCGCAAUGGAAUUGCGGACGUCAACUAAAACUACAAUAUAUUGCAAAGAUACGAUGUGUGCGCCAACUGCUCCGAUUCUCGCGUAAUAUUGCGAAUUAAUUAUUGUUUAAGCAAAAAAAUAAGCAGAACUUAUUUGUGGUUGAUGUAUGUACUGGCACAUAAUAGUGUUUAUGUCACAGAUUUAGACAAACAGUCAGUUUUGACUUUGUUACAAUUCAGUUGUCAAACUACAAUUUCGGAGUUGCAAAAAAAUGGCAAACGAGGCUGAGGAAACUGUGCGUAAAUUGUCGAUGCACAAAGGAGUUGUAGGUAUUAUUGUGGUAAACGGAGAAGGGAUACCUAUCAAGACCACCCUCGACAACCGCACAUCCGUUCAAUACGCCGGCCUGAUGAGUGCUCUCGUGGAGAAGGGGAGGAGUGUAGUGAGAGAUCUCGAUCCCACAAACGAUCUAACAUUCCUGAGAAUCCGGAGCAGGAAGCACGAAAUAAUGGUGGCACCCGACAAAGAUUUCAUAUUGAUCGUCGUUCAGACUCCGAGUGAAUAAAGAAAACUGCAGUCUA